CUCUCUCUCUCUCACUUUCUCUCUCCGCCUAAUAUUUUACAUUAUUCAUAAUAUAUUUCUCUCUGAAUUUGCAUUACCAAAUCUGUAUGCAUUUCUCUCCCAAAAUUCGCCCUCUGCAUUUCCUCUUAAGCGCCGGAAAUUUUACAUACGUCCAAUAUACAAUCAAUCGUAUUCAUAUGUUAUUCGUCGAACAAAUUUAGUAAACCGCUGAAUUAUAUACUAUUGCCCCUAUUUUGUAAAUAUAUACUCUUAGUUUGGCGGUGUUUGGAGCGUUUAGGGUUUUGCUGGAUCCCUUUUUCACUGUUCCUUUUGGAGGUGGGGUUACUGAUUAUUUAUGAUCUCUCGUUUUUAGAUUUUUGGGUAAGAAAGUCGUUUCUGCAGUUGCUUUGUAUUGGUGGGAGGAUUUUAGUUCAAGGGUUAUGGUUGGAUUCUUCCAUUAAUUCGACCUGCAUUUUUAUGUAGGUUUGUCUUUGAUUGGAUGAUAUUCGAAGAGAGAAAAAUGUUCUGAUUUAGGGAUUUAGUUGAUGCAAUUGGACUCUUAUUUUGGACAGGAAGGAUUAUUUUUCUUGGCUGUUUCAGUGUGUCUCUUUUUUCUGUAAUGAUAGUUUAAAAGUGGAAGAUUGAUAAUCCCCAUUGUUGAAUCUGUUGAAUGCUGAUUAACAGAUUCACUAUUAAUGCAAUGGCUUGAUCGAAAGGUGUUUUUGUAUAGAGCGAAACAAAGCAAAGUUGGGUAAUCCAGGAGCUUCAUUGAGUUGUAAUGUUCAGUCACUCAGUAAAUAGAUCAUGUUAAGGGCUGAUGGAAAGAACUGAAUAUGCACUAGUUCCUGAAUGGUUAAGAUGUACAAGAAGUGUUGCUGGAGGUGGCUCAUCAGCCCGUCACUCAGAAAUUUCUUCUUCCAUAUAUUCCACACGAAGCCGAUCGUGUAGGAUUAGUAGUGAGAAAGAUAGCUCUCGAUUUCUGGAUAGAAGCUCAUCGUCCGAUACUAGGCGUAUUUCAAAUAGUAACGGUUCUGCAAAGCAUCCGUAUAGUAGUUUCACAAGGAUUCACCGCGAAAAAAACCGUGUUCGAGAUAAAGAGAAGUCUCUUUCUGAUGAAAUCUGGGAAGAUGGCUCGUCAAACCGCUUGGCAAGUAUAUUAAAUAGUGGUUUUAGGCGCUCCCAAUCACUGGUUUCGAGGAAACCCGGUGAGGUCUUUCCUCGCAGAACAGAGGACACAAAAAACAGUAUUAGCAGACAAAGUAGCAAUGAUGUGCUUUCUGGAGGUACUAAUCCUAGUGGCAUUCAGAAAUCUGCUUUUGAGAAGGGUUUCCCGUCUCUUGGAACUGAAGAGAAGCAAGAUAUGACUGGAACUAGGAGAGUUUUGUCUCCUGGUUUGAGUUCUGCUGUCCAGAGUUUGCCCAUUGGCAGCUCAGGGUUUAUUGGUAGUGAGAAAUGGACUUCUGCUUUAGCAGAAGUGCCUGCUAUUAUUGCCAAUAACGGCACAUGCCACUCUCCCAGUCAGCAAAAUGGAGUAACAUUUGCAACUUCUACAUCUGGAGCCUCUUGUGGGGCAGGUCUUAACAUGGCUGAGGCGUUGUCACAGCCUCAGGCCCGAGUCCGCAUUGCUCCCGAGAUAUCUGAUAAGAGCCAGUGGUUUGAGGAAUUGGCCAUUAAGCAGUCCAGACAAUUAAUUCCUAUGACGCCUUCAAUGCCUAAACCCUCGGGUCUUAGUUCAGGAGACAAAUCGAAACAACCAAAAAGUACAGUCAGAACUACUGAAAUGAUUGUGGCUUCAUCAAAGGCUAUUCAGCCGCCACCCCAUUCCCCUCAAUUUUCUAACCAACCUCGUUCUGGUCAAGUCAGAUCUGAUUCUUCAAGCACCUCUCAUAACGGGAAGUUUUUGGUCCUCAAACCAGGGCGUGAGAACACGGUCAGCAUUUUGGCAAAGGAUGCAUCUAUUUCAAGCAGGGAAGACAACUGUAGAGUUCUUAAUGGUCAGCUCGUGGCUCCAUCGACUCCAACUGCAUUGAGUCUGGACGGUUCUUUGGCUACUGCAUUCCCAUUAAGUUCCAAAUCUACUAUCGACAAAAGAUCCUCCCACAGUGCUCUGGCCCGAAGCAGAAGUGAAUUUUUUAACCUCAUGAGGAGGAAAACCACAGCCAAUGAUGUAACCGUUCUAUCUAGUCCGAGUUUGGCUGUUAAAGAAGACCAUGAUCCGAAAAGCCCUCGUGCUUUAGAGAAUGGUAACCAGACGGUUUGCAAUGGAAAUGGAGAUUACAUUUCUGAGAAGUCCAAUAACUUUUCUGAUGCUGGACAGACGAAUAUGUUUUGUAACGGACAAAUUUGCCCAGAUGAAGAAGAGGCUGCAUUUCUCCGUUCACUUGGUUGGGAAGAAAAUAGUGGGGAAGAUGAAGGCCUCACAGAGGAAGAGAUCAGCGCCUUCUAUCAGGAGUACAUGAAUAGGAGGCCAUCUUUGGAAGUGUGUGGAAGUUCUCGAGAAACGGUCUGAAUUAUACUCUGGUAUUUCUGGCAUUGAAUCAAGCUCCUCCGAAUCUGAAGCUUGAGACUUAAUGUCAGCUCAAGGUAUCUGGGAAGUUCAAUUUUGUUGGCAGGCUAUUUGUUUCUGAAGGAAAGUUACGGUGAUGAUUGGUUUUUGUAUGUGGAUGAAAUAAUAAAUUUCUGGCAUCUGAGAUUGAUGCUUGGCAUGAACGGGAGUUUGCUGAAUCAUACUUGAAAGAUAGGACAUAAAAUGCAUUCGGCUAACAUUUAAUUCAGUGGCUCAUCCUUUUUCUGGGCAUAUUUUCUCCCAUUUCUCCUGAUUUAAAUAGGGGAAGAAAGGUUUACUAUAUUUUGAAGAAAAGGAAAAAAAAAAAAGUUGAAAGCUGAUUAUAGU